AUGGGAAAAUUGUGUUGGCUUCAGGUCUCGAUUGGUGGUAAGCCGCUGAAGGAGAAGAUUCUGUUGGAGCUGUUUGACGACGUUACCCCGAAGACAUGUGCCAAUUUUCGGGAGCUCUGCACCGGCAAUGAAGGCAAAGUGACAGAGGAGACGCAAAUCCCAAUGACAUACAAGGGCAGUACGUUUCAUCGGAUUAUUGCUGGUUUCAUGAUUCAGGGAGGCGAUUUUACAAAGCAUAACGGAACAGGUGGUGUGUCCAUCUAUGGCGAACGCUUUGAUGAUGAGAACUUUGAUGUGCCAUGUGACAAGGCCGGUUUGCUUGCAAUGGCGAAUGCGGGACCAAACACCAACGGGUCACAGUUUUUCAUUACUGUGAAUCCUGCACACCACCUUACUGGUCGGCAUGUUGUGUUUGGUAAGGUGGUUCGUGGCAUGAAUACGGUGCGGGCACUGGAGCACACCGAGACGGGCGCGAACGACAAGCCUGUGAAGCCAUGUGUGAUUGUUGACUGUGGGGUGACGGACACGCUUCCAGAGCCUGAGCCGCAGAUUGGGGGUGACACCUUUCCAGAUUAUCCGGAGGAUUGCACGUCGCCAUUGACCGAUGCUGAGCUUCUUAACGCGGGGGAGGCGAUACGGCAGAUCGGGAACAAUUUAUUUAAGGCAGCUGAUUUUGGAAACGCCAUACAGAAGUAUGAAAAAUCAACUCGCUACGUGAAGACUGUUAACAAAACCACUGCAAACGAUUUGGCGGUGAAUGAAAAACUGGUUGCCUGUUACAACAACACGGCUGAAUGCGCACUGAAGUUGGGUCAGUGGUCAGAGGCACGGAGUGCUGCAUCGAAGGCUCUUGAGCUGGACAAAUCCAACUCCAAGGCGCUCUUUCGACGCGGUGUUGCCUGCCUCAGUGCGGGAGAUUCUGAAUCCGCAGUGGAAGACUUUACAAAGGCGCAUAAGUUGGACUCUGAAAACAAUGCAAUUUUGACGAAGCUACAGCAGGCGAAGGAAGCGGAGAGGACUCGCACCGCAAAACUAGCGUCGGGAUUGAAGAAAAUGUUCUCUUAA